AUGACUGGUAAUGGAGUGUAUGAUGGGACUAUAGAGGCUAGAAAGAAGGUGCUGGUAAGUUGCUGCAAGCAGUGGUAUGUGAGGAAAGAAAUACAUUGGAAGCAAAUGUCUCGAUCCAGACAUGCGAAGGACAUGGAUAAAAACACUAGGUACUUUCAUAAUUUGGAAUCGGCAAGAAGGAGGAAUAAUAGAAUUGAUGCUUUAGUAAUCAAUGGAAGAUUGAUAAGAAAUCAAGCUCGGAUCAAGAUUGCCAUCAGAGAAUUCUAUAAGGAUUUGUAUCAUCAGGAAAGAUCGCCAGUCGUGGGCUUCAGGGAUGGUUUGGUAAAUCGGAUUAAUGAAGAAGAGUCAGCAGCGUUGGAGAGAAUGCCGAUAAUGGAGGAGAUUAGAGAGGCAGUUUGGGAUUGUGAAUCAUCCAAGGCUCCAGGAAAUGAUGGGUAUAACAUGAAUUUCAUUUAA